AUUUUAAGUCUUGCCUUUUGAUAUUGAAUUUCAGUUUAAUUUGAUAGUGGUUUUCGCUAAUUGGAUUUUUAUAAUAGCUUUUAAAUUACGAAUGUCAUCAUUAAUUCAAUGUAAUCUAUUUUUAUCUGUUUAAUGCUCAACCUUUGAAUGAAAGAGUGUACCGUUUUAGCUUGUGAAUACUUAUCUAAUCAUUUAUUGUCAAUGUAUCAUGAUUACAGUUUCAAAGUACAUCAUUCAAUGAACUAUUUUAAGUGGACAAUCCUUUUGCUGGAAAGUCAAUAAUUAUUAUUGAAAAACGAUCAACGAAUCCAAAGCAAUUAUAAUGGUUAAUAAUUACAAUUUAAUCAUUUAAUAGACAUGAAAAGACAGUUCAACUAAUCAAUUAUCCAGACUAUUGAAAUAUGCUUUUGAUUUAAGUAUAGCAAAUUUGGCAUACUUAAUCGAAGUUAAUCUGAUCGAAUCCAAUUUACCGACAGUUUAAAGAGAUCCAAUUGGAUUAAAUUGAAACAACUGACACCUGUGAUAAUAUCCAUAUGACAAGAGGUUUUCAAGUAAACGCUUUGACUUGACAGCAUUUCAAUAUUGCCUGAUAGUUAAUCACCAUUAUUUUUAUUACAAUGUAAUGAUAAUAAUUUACGAUUGUCAGGAAAACCCUGUCCAAGAUUUAAGUCAAUAAUAACCUGAUGCCAUAAUUCACAAGGAAAUUUACUGAAUAAUAGGUGCUAGUGAUUACCAAAUCAUUCCAAGUCUAUUUGAUUUAUACAAAGAAUGUCUUGUUUAAUUCAAGUUCAUUUUUGAUUCAAAAUAGUGAUGAAAAAAGGAAAAUAAGUGCUGUAAAUGAAAAAAGACUAUCAUUCAAGACCAGUCAUUCAAGUUGUCUUAUUGUGUUGAAGAUUUCAUGAUGACAACAAUAUUAAUACACCAGUGAAUGAUAAUGAAACUGUCGAGGAAGAUAAUUUAACAUUUAAUAUAUUUAAUAUUAAUGAAACGGAUGAAAUAACUUGAUUAGUUCAUUCUUGAAGUCUUCAAACUUGCUAAAGACGAUGGUUGUCAAUAGUCAAGCAUGUGAUUUCAAUUUUAUUUUUGUUUUAAUUUUACCGUUUUGAUUUAUUCAAACUAUAAAAUUCAUACUUUUCAUUAUAAUAUUGUGAAGGAGGAUCAAUAACAGAAAAAUGGGAGUUUAAGGUGAGAGUAAGAAAUUAAUUAUCUAAAGGAAACUGAAUAAUCAGACUGGAGGAGAGUGAAGUUAUCUAAGUCAGUUUCAAAUAAGCCUUUAUCCAGAUCAUGUCGAUGUUUCAAGUUUAAUCGAUCAACAUUCAACUCUUCAAGUGUUGGCUUUCAAUAAUAAUCAAAUAAUUUGCAAGAGUGUAUCAAUUUUUCACUUUAAACAUCACGAUAACCAGAUAACUUAAAGUGUACAUCAAGUAAAAUAUCAACAAUGGCAACAGCCGGGACAACAAUUAAUGCUAGUAAAUCAUUUAUGGACACAACAUUUUAUUAUUUUCAUGAUUUUUGGGAAGAGAAAGGUGAUCCUCGAGUUUCAAGUUUACCCUUAAUGUAUGGUGGACCAUGGAAGGUAAUAUUGAUAAGCUUCUUGUAUUGGUAUUUUGUCCGUAUAUUGGGUCCAGCAUUGAUGAAAGGACGUGAACCAUUUGAUCUUCGUUCAGUAAUGCUUCUCCAUAAUAGUUUCCUAAUUGGUGUCAAUGGAGUUGGUUUCUUUGUUGCUCUAUGGGUUACCGAUAUGUUCAAGGAAACCUGGAAUUGUGGUCCAGUUGAUCCAAAUACAUCAAACCUUAAGGACAAUUUAACCGUUUAUCUUGGUUAUAUUUACUUUUUAACCAAAAUAGUUGAUUUUGGUGAUACAAUUUUCUUUGUAUUGAGAAAACGUUUCCAUCAAGCAUCAUUUUUACACGUUUUCCACCAUGGUGUUAUGCCUAUUGUUGGAUUUGUUGGAUUGAAAUUCCAUCCCGGUGGUUAUUCAGGAUUUUUACCAACAAUUAAUAUCCUUAUCCAUGCAAUUAUGUAUGCUUAUUAUGCAUUAGCUUGUGCUGGUCCAGAGAUGAAAAAGUAUCUUUGGUGGAAGAAACACAUUACUCAACUUCAAAUGGUACAAUUUGUAUUAACCUUUUUCCAUGCAUUUAAUGCAAUAGUUAAUCCUAAUUGUCAUUGGCCAUUAGUUUUAGCCUAUUUGGAGGCAUUACAUGCUGUACUUUUCUUCUUCUUAUUUGCAUCAUUUUAUCAAAAAGCUUACGGAUCUUCUUCUGCUUCAUCAACAUCAUCACCACCAGUUUCAUCGACAUCUAAACAGUCUAUUGCUGCUCAUAGCAAAUCAGAGUAAACAACUCAACUUCGACUUUAUUUCAUUCCGAUCGGGCUGAUAUCCUUAUAUCAAGUCAACGUUGAAUAUUACUGGAAACUUUUCCAUUCCAUUGUACCCAUUGUAUAAUAAUCUUACCGCUUGAUUCAAGAAAAUUGUGAUAAGCAAUUUUAUAUCAAACUUGGAGAACGCACAAAUUAGUCCAAAAUAAUCUUCUACUGCAAUAAUCUAAAUGGACAUUUUACAAACCACCAACCUUUGUUUACAUUUUCCUUUCAUCAUACUCGAAUAGACUUAAUAUCCAGAUGAAUGAGUUAAAUAGAUGUCCAACAAUUUCUUGGUGAUUUCUUGAGCUCAAAAAUAUUUCUAAAAUUAAUUCAAGAACUAAAUAUUUAAUAAUAGGCUUUUCUAACAUUCCCUUACUAAAUAUGAAUUUACUACAAUUUAGCUAGAAAGUAGUAAUAUUUAAAUUUUUACCUUUUCUUUAUUUAAAUUGCGACAAUCAGUUGAAGCUUAGACGACUGUUAUAGCCAUCAGAAUAGUUAUAAGGUUAAUAAAAAAGAUGGAUGAAGAUGAAAAAAGUGAUUGCAAGUUAAAUUGAACAGAAUUAGUUCAAGCUUACAACCAGACAAGUUGCGAACGAUUGUCAAGUAUUUAAUAAAUCUUUCUUAAUGAGGCAAUUUAAUUUGAAUGAAACAAAAAUGCAUAUUUAAAGAUAGUUUUAAGUUGAUAAUUGAAUAAAUGAAGAUCAAAAUGAUUAAAAUACUGAUUUUAGCUAAUAUAAGAUGAAAAUGGUUAGGUUAUGUGAAAACACGCUUUAAAUUCAGGAGAGCCUUAUUGAGAGGAUACACCUUAGCGGGAAAAAGCGAAAGUAUUGAAUGGUGUUUAGCAAAAAAGUGAUAACAAAAUUGGUAAAUUUGCUUCGAGCCAUUUUAAUAUGAGGUCAACUGUUGCACUCAAAGUUGAUUUUAAUGACACUUUCCCUCUGGAUCACAAAUGAUAGAUUAAUUAACUGUAAAAAUCUUUGAAUAUUCAAUUUUUUCAUUUCUUCAUUAGUUUCUUCUCUUUUUUUGCUACAGUCUGCAUCGUAAACAAUUCUUGACCGUUUUAAACCUUCAACCUUAACUAUUAUGCCUUACUAUUCAACAUCCAUGUUAAUCAACUAUAAAACACUAGUCAAUAUUUUAACUAUAACUAUGUGCCCUGAAUUAUAAGAUUAACUGUUGAUUCUCGACGUCAUGCAACUACCUUUAAACAAUUAAUUUUAAUGAAAUAUUAAUGAAUAAAAGAAAUUAUUUUUAUUUA